ACAGUUCUCCCCGGUCCGGAAGGUGAUUUCGGUCGGGACUCAGAAUCCAGACGCUUGGGGCCCAUGUAGGAACCCGAAACCAAGUAAAUGAGGACUACAGGUAACAGGUGACUUGCGCAAUCACCAUAAGACUUGCUGGUGUAUGUCCAGAGUGGGUAUCCACCCAACGUUCUUUUGUUGCCUUUCUAGUCAGGAGAAACAUGAACCAGAAACUACUGAAGUUGGAUAACUUGCUGCAGUUUCACACUAUUUGUAGGCAGCUACACAGCCUGGGUCAAAGAAGAAUGUUAGCACAGUGGAGUCAUGGGUUUUCAUCUGCUUACCUGAUGUGGACACCUCAGCUGAAAGCCCGGCCCUGGCAAACAGACAUACUCCUUGGGGCUGCUUUAUCUCAGUAUAGGCUUCUAGUAACAAAGAAGGAAGAAAGACCACAAAAAUCUCAUUUACCUUCAACAAAAUCUAAAAAGGAGGUACAAGUAUGGAUUGGAAUGACUGUUGAGGAGCUGGCUAGAGCAAUGAAAAAAGACAUAGAUUAUAUAUAUGAAGCUUUACUGAACACUGCUAUUGAUAUAGAUUCUCUAGAAGCAGAUUCACAUUUAGAUGAAGUUUGGAUCAAAGAAGUGAUAAAGAAGGCAGGAAUGAAGUUAAAAUGGAGCAAAUUAAAACAGGACAAAGUCAGAGCAAAUAAAGACGCUGUAAAAAGGCCCCAGGCAGAUCCAGCUUUAUUAACCCCAAGGUCCCCAGUUGUUACUAUAAUGGGCCAUGUUGAUCAUGGGAAAACGACGUUACUUGACAAACUUCGAAAAACUCAAGUGGCAGCAAUGGAAUUUGGAGGCAUCACUCAGCACAUUGGGGCCUUUCUUGUAUCUCUGCCUUCUGGGGAGAAGAUAACGUUUCUUGAUACUCCAGGACAUGCUGCUUUCUCAGCAAUGAGAGCCAGAGGUGCUCGGGUCACAGACAUUAUCAUAUUGGUUGUAGCUGCAGAUGAUGGGGUGAUGAAACAAACUGUAGAAUCUAUUCAGCAUGCCAAAGAUGCUCAAGUUCCUAUUGUCCUUGCCAUAAACAAAUGUGACAAAGCCGAGGCUGAUCCUGAAAAAGUGAAAAAAGAGCUGCUGGCUUAUGAUGUGGUUUGUGAAGAUUAUGGAGGUGAUGUUCAAGCAGUGCAUGUCUCUGCACUUACGGGUGAUAACCUGAUGGCUUUGGCAGAAGCAACAGUUGCUCUCGCAGAAAUGUUAGAGUUGAAAGCAGAUUCCACUGGUCCAGUGGAAGGAACAGUAAUAGAGUCUUUCACAGACAAAGGAAGAGGUCCUGUUACUACAGCUAUAAUUGAAAGAGGAACUUUGAGAAGAGGCACAGUUUUGGUUGCGGGAAAGAGUUGGGCAAAAGUACGUUUAAUGUUUGAUGAAAAUGGAAAAACAAUCAGUGAGGCCUAUCCCAGCAUGCCAGUGGGAAUUACAGGCUGGAGAGACCUUCCUUCUGCAGGAGAUGAAAUUCUUGAAGUAGAAUCUGAGCCAAGGGCACGUGAAGUUGUUGACUGGAGGAAGUAUGAGCAAGAACAGGAGAAAAAUAAAGUUGAUCUGAAAAUAAUAGAAGAAAAGAGAAAGGAACACCAAGAAGCACAUCGGAAAGCCCGUGAAAAGUAUGGCACUUUGCACUGGAAGCAGAUAUCAUUUAAAAAGUACCUAGAAAGAAAAGAACAAAAACCAUUAAAGCCAAAGGAGAAAAUAGAAAGAGAUUCAAAUGUACUUCCUAUAAUUCUUAAAGGUGAUGUUGAUGGUUCCAUUGAGGCCCUUUUGAACGUUGUGGAUAGCUAUGAUGCUUCGCACGAGUGUGGACUAGAAUUAGUACAUUUUGGAGUGGGUGAUAUUAGUGAAAAUGAUGUUAACCUUGCUGAAACAUUUGAUGGUGUUAUAUAUGGCUUUAAUGUGAAUGCAGGCAAUGUUAUCCUGCAGUCAGCUGCCAAAAAAGGAGUAAAAAUUAAACUUCACAAAGUCAUUUACCGUCUUAUUGAAGAUUUGCAGGAGGAACUGAGCAGCAGAUUGCCCUGCAUUGUGGAAGAACACCUAAUAGGUGAGGCUUCUAUACUAGCUACCUUCUCUAUAACAGAAGGGAAGAAAAAAGUUCCCGUGGCUGGCUGCAGAGUCCUAAAGGGACAGUUAGAAAAACAAAAAAAAUUUAAAUUAAUCCGUAAUGGACAUAUUAUAUGGAAGGGCUCAUUAACCACAAUGAAACACCAUAAAGAGGACAUUUCAGUCAUCAAAACUGGAAUGGAUUGUGGUCUCAGUUUAGAUGAAGAAAAGAUAGAAUUUAAGGUGGGAGAUGAAAUUGUUUGUUAUGAAGAAAAGGAAGUUCCAGCAAAGACUUCUUGGGACCCAGGAUUUUAAAAUUAGAAACAUAAAUGACUAAAUGUUUUGCUUUAUUAUACAGCAA